AUGAGUCGUAUAAAUAAUAAUGGAAAAGUUGAUGGAUAUACUGAUGAUUACAUGAGAAUUCCAGUAAUUGAAAGCAAAUAUACUAAAUUCAAAAAAUUUUUUUAUAAUCCUGAAAAGAAAAAAGUGUUAGGAAAAAAUAGAAAACAAUGGGGCAUUACUGGUCUUUUUUAUCUGUGCUUCCUCAGUGCAUUGGCAGCAUUAUUUGCAGCAUGCAUGGCAAGUUUCAUGGCAACGAUACGUAAAGAUAGGCCAAGAUGGACACUUGAUCAAAGUUUGAUAGGAUCAAGUCCAGGAUUAGGAUUUAGACCAAUAUCAGAAAAUCCACAUGAAUUAUCAUUAAUUUUUUACAAGUCAACUAAUCAAACUCAGAGAGAAAUUUGGAUUAAUCGACUUGAUGAUUAUCUUAAAAAUUAUAUAAAUAAAUCUAGUCUAUCGAAUGGUGGAAUAAAUCAUCAGGUAUGUAGCUAUGAAUUUCCAAAUUUGAAAGAUAAUCAUGUAUGUGAUGUUAAUUUACUAAAAGACUUUGGAAAUUGUACGUCUGAAAAACAAUAUGGAUACAAUAAUUCAUCUCCAUGUAUUUUUAUUAAAUUAAAUAAGAUAUUUGACUGGGUACCAGAUUAUUAUCAACCGUCAGAAUUACCAGAUGAUAUGCCAGCGGAUCUUGUAAAACACAUUAAAUCAUAUAGCAAUAAAUCGGAAUUAAAUACUGUGUGGGUUAGUUGUCAAGGCGAAGAAGCUGAAGACAGAGAAUCACUGGGGCCAAUUAAAUAUUAUCCUGAAAUACGAGGAUUUCCUGGUUACUAUUAUCCUUAUAAAAAUAUACCUGGUUAUCUAAGUCCGCUUGUUGCUGUUAAAUUCGAACGACCUGAGCGAAAUAAAAUAAUAAAUGUGGAAUGUCGUGCGUGGGCUAAAAAUAUUAAAUUCCAUCAACGACAAAAACUUGGUAUGGUUCAUUUUGAAUUACGAAUUGAUGAUUGAUCUGUUUAGAUAAUUAUUUAUUAUUUAUUAAUAUAAACGGUAUCAGGGAUUAAAUAUGUCAAUUAAAUAAUGUACUUACAUUUUUAAUUUAUAAAUUUAUUAAUAUAUAUAU